AUGACUCUUGGUGAAAGAAAUGUGAACAAGAUAAACAAAACCAUCUUGCUUGUGGGUGAAACAGGAACAGGAAAAUCUACUCUGGUCAACGCUCUGGUCAACUACGCCAUGGGAGUGAAGUGGGAGGAUGAUGUCUGGUUUAAGAUCGUAGAGGACGAGAAGAGAAACCAGUCAGAGAGUCAGACAUUAGAUGUGAUGGUGUACCAGGUCUUUGGUUUUGAAGGUGAAACUCUGCCCUACUCUCUGACCAUCAUAGAUACUCCUGGAUACGGAAACACCAGAGGAAUCGAACAGGAUGACAUCGUCAGUCAAAGAUUAUUAGACUGGUUCCGCUCAGAGGACGGAGUUCAUGAGGUUAAUGCAGUGGGUCUGGUGCUGAAAGCAACUGAGAAUCGACUGAGUGAGCGACUGAAGUACGUCUUUGAUUCAGUGGUGUCUCUGUUUGGAAAAAACAUGGAGAAGAACAUUGUUGCUCUCAUCACACUCUCAAAUUGUCUGACACCUGAAAAUGUUCUGAAAGCUCUCGGAGAUGCAAAAAUUAAAUGUGCCAAAGAUGAAAAGAAUCAGCCUGUUUACUUCCUGUUUAAUAACU